AAAGGAGGCGGUGUCAUUUCCUUCCUUGGCCAACUUGGCUGAAGUGUCACCAGGACGACACUGUCAGACUUUCUUAAAGUUUCUGCCCCGCUGUUGUCCCGGUCCACACAUGGCUCCCAGCACGCAACUUAAAGAGGCUAUAGCUGACAUGCAGGAUGGGAUCCGUGCCAUCCUGCUCGGACCCCCCGGAGCCGGGAAGGGGACUCAGGCCCCUCGGCUAGCAGAGAAGUACUGCGUUUGCCACCUGGCCACCGGGGACAUGCUGAGGGCCAUGGUGGCUUCAGGAUCAGAGCUGGGCAAGAGACUAAAGAAGACCAUGGAUGCAGGCAAACUGGUCAGUGACGAGAUGGUGGUGGAGCUCAUCGAGAAGAACCUGGACACGUCGGCGUGCAGGAACGGCUUCCUGUUGGACGGAUUCCCUCGCACAGUCAAACAAGCAGAGAUGCUGGACAACUUGUUGGACAAGAGACACGAGAAGCUGGACUCUGUGAUCGAGUUUGCCGUGGACGACUCUCUGUUGGUCCGCAGGAUCUGUGGCAGACUAAUUCAUCAGCCGAGUGGCCGCUCCUACCACGAGGAGUUCAACCCCCCCAAAGAGCCCAUGAAGGAUGACCUGACCGGUGAGCCACUCAUCCGCCGCAGCGACGACAACGAAACGACACUUCGCUCCCGCCUGGACGCCUACCACCGUCAGACCGUCCCUCUGGUGGAGUUCUACAGAUCUCAGGGUCUGCACACGGCCGUGGACGCCGCCAAGAGCCCAAACAUCGUCUUCGCCUCCAUCGUAGCUGCGUUCACCGUCGCCACGGAAAUCCCAGCACGAGCCACCGCCUCUGGUUGAAUCCUGAGCUGCUCCAUUCCCACCAGAGCGAAGGAUUGGAGCUGGGAAAAGAUCUCGGGUGGGUGGACGUAUGGAGGGGAGGGGAUUUCGAAACCGGGGGGGGGGGGGGAAGCUUUGACUUUAUAAGUUAAGGUUAAUUUAGCGGUGCUAUGUGGCUCUUUAUUUGUCAGCACUUUUGUCAUAUUCCUCAUGUUUCCCCCUUCUAAUAAAUCCCAAGCUUUCCUACAGUCAUCA